AUGAAUAUCAUAAAUCAAACUAUUGUCACUGAGAUUAUUCUCCUUGGAUUUUGGGAUUUUCCAAAUUUAAAGACAACUAUUUUACUUUUCCUUCCUCUUUUUCUUAUUGUGACCGUAAGUGGAAAUAUUAUGAUCAUUUGGCUGGUGGUGUCUAACAGCAGUCUCCAGUCUCCUAUGUACUUCUUCCUAACACAAUUGUCCAUUUCUGAUUUACUUGUAACUACAGUCAUUGUCCCCAAUACACUUUAUGUUAUAUAUAAUGAAGGGGGCACUAUGUCUUUUCCAGGUUGCAUCAUUCAGUUUUAUUUUUUUGCUUGCUCUGAAACCACAGAGUAUUUACUCCUAUCUGCAAUGGGUUAUGACAGGUAUCUGGCCAUCUGUUACCCUCUGAGAUAUAGUUCUUUCAUGAAUCAUAUGUUAUGCAUUAAAUUGGCUAUCAUCAUUUGGCUUUUAGGAUUUUCUGUGCAACUCAUUUUAAUAAUAUCAAUAAUUCAACUUCAGUUUUGUGGCUCAAAUGUUAUUGAUCAUUUUUUUUGUGACCUUUCCCCACUUUUAGAACUUUCUUGUUCAGACACCAACAUUAUUGAAAUGGAAAUUAUCAUAUUGUGUGUUCCAUUUACGUUUACUCCUCUAUUAAGUAUUGUUGUUUUUUAUGUGUAUAUUGUCCAAGUGGCACUUGCAAUUUCAAUCACAAAUGGAAGGUCAAAAGUCUUCUCCACUUGUAGCUCCCACCUCAUUGUGGUUUCUAUAUUCUACGGCAGCCUAACAGGAAUUUAUGUACAUCCAGCCAAAAAAAAAUCUAUGGUUGCCAAUAAAAUUGCAUCCUUGUUAUACACUGUGUUAACUCCUAUGAUUAAUCCAAUCAUAUACAGUCUGAAAAAUAGAGAUAUUAAAAAAGCUUUGAAAAAAUGUGUUGCUUUAUGA